AUGCGGAGGAGCCAUGUUCUGAAGAAGGCCCUGCAAUCCGACUGUCGCCAGCUCCGGUCCCAAGUCCGUUCCGCAGCGCGCAUACCCAACAACCGAUGCUUCCGACAACAGGCUAGGCAAUUCGGGAGCACUAUCUCACUUCGAAAUGGCGAUAAUGGAGAUGCUGCUGCCGCUUCCACUUCCGCCACAUCGGGGCCCCCCAAGCCAAAGUUCGGAGGGGGAUGGGCAAAACCUACAUUCUCAUCUGGACCCGCGCUUACAGCAGAUGAAAUCAACCUGAGAGACAAGCUCCUUACUCAGCGCGCCCAAGAAACCCUCCCGGCAGACCCUAAACCUAUCGAUGCCUCUACCACACAAGAAGCUCAGGCCGCUCAGGACCACUCUACGCCCGCAGUACCAAACGCGGAACGUGGGCCACCUGGCAUGAGAGAUGGAUGGGGAAGACCUCCAUUUAGAUCGGAGCCCAAACCCGCUGGCUUUGUGACACAGAAGCCGCAGGCCCCUCAACAAUCCUCACCAGCAAAGCCAAACGUGAAACAACAGCUACCUGGAACGGGAGAUAGAUUGGAGAGACCAACCUUUAGGCCUGCGCAAAACCCUGCAGGCACGACAAUACAACAGCCUAGAAUCCGUUUUGAGGGCGUGUUACCAAGAACUUCGAAAACCGGGUCUCCACCAGAUAAUUCUGUCAGCCGUGAUAGACCUAGCUUGAAUGACGGAUUUAUAUCAUUCAGACCAGGCCAAAAGCAUACGAAAGCAGAACGUAACCAGCUCGAAAAGGCUUUUGGCUCCGCUCAAGGGCCGAAGUCGAGUUCCGUUGCCGAACGGGAGGCAAAAUUCAGAGAAAGUCGUAACGACGCUUUGAGAUUCACCGGAUUUCGGAAAGUUACCUUGGACAUCCCCGCCGCUUAUAGCGCCGAUGAGACAAAGCUUCAAUUUUCCAAUCGAGAGGAAGCAUCGACCGAUAACUUGGAGAGUCCCUUCAACCCGCGUACCAGCAAAUCGAGUAAAUCAACGCCAGAGUCAGAUGUAGAAAAGACUGCAUAUAAAAAUGCUGCCAAUGAUGUCCCGUAUACACAUAGGAAACAACGGAAGGAGCACCGGAAGAAGGCUAUACAACAUUUCGAUGAACCGGAAGAUCGUUUCGGUCUUUCCCGCAAAUCCAAAUAUGACCUUGAAGAUGAUGACUCUAGAGAGUCACGAGCUCGACGGAAACAAGCACGGAAGGCGGAAAAAGAUGCAAAGAGAAAAGAAUACAACGCUCCCACCCCUAUAUAUCUCCCAGAAUUCAUAAGCGUUAGCAACCUUGCUAAUGCAUUAGGGGUACGACCUUCGGCGUUUUUAAAAUCACUGCAUGAACUCGGCUUCGAAGAAGCAACCUUUGACCACAUUCUUGAUGCCGAAACUGCAGGCCUCAUUGCUGCGGAACACAACUUUGAACCCAUCAUUGAGACAGCUGACAAUGAUUUGGUGGCCCAACCUCUGCCGGAGGAUUCUUCAAACCUGCCACCACGACCUCCCGUUGUUACUAUCAUGGGCCACGUUGACCAUGGAAAAACCACCCUCUUGGAUUGGCUAAGAAAAUCGUCUGUUGCAGCGUCCGAACAUGGAGGCAUUACUCAACAUAUCGGCGCGUUUUCGGUUACAAUGCCUUCAGGCAAGCAGAUAACUUUCUUAGAUACGCCGGGCCAUUCGGCUUUCCUCGAAAUGCGACGAAGGGGCGCAGAUGUGACUGAUAUCGUUAUCCUUGUCGUUGCUGCGGAUGAUAGCGUUAAGCCUCAGACAAUUGAAGCCAUCAAGCACGCGAAUCAAGCCAAGGUCCCCAUUAUCGUAGCGAUAAACAAAAUUGACAAGGAAGACACCAGUGUUCAAAGGGUGAAGCAAGAUCUUGCUCGGCACGAUGUGACCGUUGAAGAUUUCGGUGGUGAUGUUCAAGCCGUUUGUGUCAGUGGCAAGACAGGUCAAGGUAUGUUGGAAUUGGAAGAAGCAGCUGUGACACUGUCUGAAAUGCUGGACCUUCGAGCGGACCAGGAGGGUAAUGCUGAAGGCUGGGUUAUUGAAGCGACAACCAAGAGAGCAGGGAAAGCAGCUACUGUAUUAGUUAGAAGAGUUGCUGGAACAGCAUGGUCUCGAAUCCGAACUUUGAAGAAUGAAGCUGGUGUUGAGGUUGAGGAAGCGCCACCGGGAAUUGCUGUCGAAGUGGACGGUUGGAGACAUCAGCCGUUGGCCGGCAGCGAAGUUCUUCAAGCCCCGACUGAACAAAUAGCGAAAGAGGUUGUCGCUUUGAGAGAGGGGAAAGAAGAAAGCAAGCAGUUGAGCAGUGAUAUAGAGGCGAUUAACGAGCUUCGCCAGCAACGUCGUCAAAGAGCACUUGCCGCAGAGCUCGCGGAAAGAUAUGGAGAACCUGUGGACGAACAAGCUGACAACGCUACGCCUAGCUCAAACGGCAUCCCUUUUAUUGUCAAAGCCGAUGUUUCAGGUUCCGCCGAAGCCAUCGUCAAUUCAAUGACCGCGGUUGGGAACAAUGAGGUUUAUGCCAAAGUCCUGCGGUUAUAUACCGCGUAUCUGGAGAAGCAGAAGGUUGGCCAAAUCUUCGAGAUUACGAUUAAGGGACGUAAAAAGACUUUGAUUGCGGGAUGUAAAGUCAGGAAUGGUACUAUUACUCGUUCCCACAAAGUUAGAGUUAUACGGGGUAAAGAUAAGACAAUUGUAUAUGAAGGUUCUCUCACAUCUCUCAAAAAUAUAAAGAAAGACGUGACAGAAAUGCGGAAGGGAACGGAAUGUGGUAUGGGGUUCGAAGACUGGACCGACUUCAGAUUGGGCGAUCAAGUCCAAACAUAUGAAGUAAUCUACGAGAAGAGAUAUCUCUAA